UCAGGCCUAUCCAACGCGCGUGCCUCUGGUUCUGCGGCCGUAGUGAGUCAGAGGCGUUGGGGACGGGUUUCGGGACCCCACCCGGCUGCCCUCGAGCGGACGGGGAGAACCCUUCCCGGGAAGUGAGCGGAGCGGCCUGUACGGAGUCUUUGGGUGGGUUCUUGCUGGUCCCCGCGGGGUCCAUCUGCGCGCCCCCCGUUCCGGUCUCGGGAUUCCGGCUCCGCGCGUUCCUCCGGAUCCUAGAGCGCGGCGGAGGCGCUGCCCGAGGGCAGUUCGCGGUGCGGGAGGGUGUUUGGUCGCGAAGGGACGCUUUUGGCCAGGCGAGCGCUGCAGCUCGCGAAUCGAGAGGCAGUCCGCCCUCCCCGCCGACCCUUCCCUGCAGGACCGCGCGCCGGUCGUCAGACUUUCUGCAGAAGCUAGCAGUCCCGUUUUUACGUGCGAUCUCCCGACUUUUAAAUGUUGACAGGUAGAUUUUUUCGUUAAUGCAAAACGCGUCUUCUGGAAUGGGCUGGCGAGCCACUCCAGUACAUCUCUGCGUGGCACAGGAGUAAAAGGGUGAUGUCGCUGUUGUUCCUUGUCCCUCUGCUGGUCUGCUUGAGUGAUUUGAGUCUGGUGGCACUCAGUCAGUCUCAUUAUGCUGAAGAGGAAUUACGUACUCGAGGAUAUUCGUCUAGCUUAGAAGAAACUAUGUUUCACGAAAUGUAGACUGUGUCAGUUUUCCUCCGAGUGCAAGAAAAGUCUUUAGGGACAUUAUCUGAGACGUAGGAGAUUAAUUGGUUUUCUCGCACUGUGGCUUGAGGACCACCUGCAUCCAAGUUACCUGCUGAGAUUAAAAUUCAGAACACCCCCCCCCCCUCACUCCUUAAGUGAAUUGCAGCCACCUGGAGUGAAGUGGCGAGUCUGCGAACUGCUGAAAUUUGGCAACGGUUGCACUAGAGCAUCAGCUGCAAUCCAUUAUCAACAGGUUAACUGGGCACAAUGGGAAUACAUGGAUUAUUGCAGUUCAUCAAAGAAGCUUCUGAACCCGUCCACGUGAGGAAGUAUAAAGGCCAGGCAGUCGCCGUGGACACAUACUGUUGGCUUCACAAAGGUGCUAUCGCUUGUGCCGAAAAACUGGCCAAAGGUGAACCUACUGAUAAGUAUGUAGGAUUUUGUAUGAAAUUUGUGAAUAUGUUGCUGUGUCACGGAGUCAAGCCCAUUCUCGUAUUUGAUGGAUGUACUUUACCUUCUAAGAAAGAGGUGGAGGCGUCUAGAAGAGAAAGACGACAAGCCAACCUUCUUAAGGGGAAGCAGCUUCUCCGUGAGGGGAAGGUCUCGGAGGCCAGAGAGUGCUUCACCCGCUGUGUCAACAUCACGCACGCGAUGGCCCACGGAGUGAUUAAAGCUGCUCGGGCCCAGGGCGUCGAUUGUCUCGUGGCGCCGUAUGAAGCGGACGCGCAGUUGGCCUAUCUCAACAAAGCUGGUAUUGUCCAAGCCAUAAUUACGGAGGACUCUGACCUCCUCGCCUUUGGCUGCAAAAAGGUGAUUUUAAAGAUGGACCAGGUCGGAAAUGGACUGGAAAUCGACCAGGCCCGGCUGGGCAUGUGCCGGCAGUUCGGGGGCGUGUUCACGGAGGAGAAGUUCCGCUACAUGUGCAUCCUGUCGGGCUGCGACUACCUCUCCUCGCUGCGCGGCGUGGGCCUCGCGAAGGCCUGCAGGGUGCUGCGGCUGGCCAACAACCCGGACAUCGUGAAGGUCAUCAAGAAAAUCGGGUAUUAUCUCAAGAUGAACAUAACAGUACCAGAAGAUUACAUCGAAGGAUUCAUUCGGGCUAACAACACCUUCCUCUAUCAGCUAGUUUUCGACCCCAUCCGGAGGAAACUCAUCCCUCUGAAUGAUUACGGAGAUGACGUCGACCCUGAAACCCUGAGCUACGCUGGGCGGUACGUUGAUGAUUCUAUAGCUCUUCAAAUAGCACUCGGAAAUAAAGAUGUAAAUACUUUUGAGCAGAUUGAUGACUACAAUCCAGACACUGCUAUGCCUGCCCAGUCAAGAAGCCGCAGCUGGGAUGAUAAAGCGUGUCAGAAGUCAUCCAGCAUCAGUAGCAUUUGGCACAGGAAUUACUGCCCCAGACUGGAGCUGGAUGUCGGCCCAGGCGCCACAAGGCGGAAGGAAACUCCAAGCACUGUGGGCACCGAACGAGUGAUCAGCACCAAUGGCUUCGGUCUUUCCGGGAAGUCGUCCUCCAUGAAGAGACCAAGAGGUGAAGGGCUGUGGGAAGAUGACCUGCUGAGCCAGUACUCUCUUUCACUUCCGAAGAAGACCAAGGGGAGCAGCUGUGAUGGCAGUAAGUCACCGAGGUCUCCGAGAGUGUGUAUGCCCGACCCAGUGGGUGCAACUGCUGUUAAAAAAAGCUCAAGCGCACCCCCCACGGCCAGAAAUAAGUUUGCAGCAUUUCUACAGAGAAAAAACGAGGAAGGCGGCGCGGUCGUGGUUCCAGGGACCAGGAGCAGGUUUUUUUGUAAUUCUCUGGAUUCUGUGGACUGUCUGUCAAAGAAAGCAAGCAGUCAGCCUCUAGAUGAAACUGCUGUUGUAGACAAAAAGACCAGUCUAAAUGAGUCGGAUUCUCUGGAGGGCAAGAAGCUGGUCGAUCUAAAUGAGUCGGUUUGUCUGGAAGGCAGGAAGCUGGGUGAUCUAAAUGAAUCGGGUGUUCUGGAGGGCAAGAAGCUGGUCGAUCUAAAUGAAUCGGGUUGUCUGGAGGGCAGGAAGCUGGUCGAUCUAAAUGAAUCGGGUUGUCUGGAAGGCAGGAAGCUGGUCGAUCUAAAUGAAUUGGAUUGUCUGGAGGGCAGGAAGCUGGGCGAUCUAAAUGAAUCGGGUUGUCUGGAGGGCAGGAAGCUGGGUGAUCUAAAUGAAUCAGGUGUUCUGGAGGGCAAGAAGCUGGUCGAUCUAAAUGAAUCGGGUUGUCUGGAGGGCAGGAGGUUGGGUGAUAGGAAUGUAGCACAGAACUCAAAUGAUCAGAUGCCAGGUGAUGUAACUGUGGUUGCCGACGAUGAAGAGUCUCGGUCCUUUAAGACCAGCAAAUUCACAAGGACCGUUUCACCACUCACCCUGGGGACACUAAGAAGUUGUUUUAGUUGGUCUGGAAGUCUUAGAGAUUUUUCGAGAACCCCAAGCCCCUCUCCAAGCACCACAUCUCACCGGUUCCAGAGAAAGGCUGGUUCCACCGGCUCCCUGCCUGAGCACAAGACGCCUGAUGUGUCUCAGGUGAAGAGUGGCGAGUUUGGGGAUGACACGCAUCCCUCGUGUGACGUCGGGGGGCCUUCACCGUCCCCAGAAAGCGCAGAAUCGUCACCCCUCAGCCUAAGCGCAUCAGAACUUUCUCAGCCUUCUAGCAAGGACUUCAAUUCAGAGGAAUCUGAUUGCAAUUUUAAGUCACUCGAUAAUCAAGGUAAUCAGAAAUCCAAGCUACAUUUCUCUCAUAUUUCAAAAAAAGACACACUUCUAAGGAACAAGGCUCCUGGGCUGUAUAAAUCCAGUUCUACGGGCAACCUUUCAACAACCAAGAUCAAACCUCUGGCGCCUGCCAGAGCCAGUGGGCUGAGCAAGAAGCUGGCGAGCGUCCAGAAGAGGAAGCACCACGACGCCGAGAACAGGCCGGGACUCCAGAUGAAAAUCAAUGAGCUCUGGAAGAAUUUUGGAUUUAAAAAAGAUUCUGAAAAGCUUCCUUCUUGUAAGAAGCCAGAUCCUCUGUCUCCAGUCAAGGAUAAUAUCCAACUAACUCCAGAAACAGAAGAAGAAAUAUUUAACAAGCCGGAGUGCACGCGUGUUCAGAGAGCAAUAUUCCAAUAAACACGGGCAGCUGGGAAGCUGCCGCCCACAGGAGACUUUCUGUCGAUCUGAAGUCCUGUUUGGAAACAAGGUGGUUACCAGUCCAAAGGAUGUGUUCUUAGAGUCACUCCUUUUUUUUAAUAGAAUACAUUUUGUACAUUAAUUAUGUGUUUCUUCUGUUCAGCUUUUUAUAUUUUCAUAAGAAGCUAAUGAGAAAAUAUUUGAUUUUUGACAAUUCUGGAAGUUUUACUA